GUCACCGGUCACAUGACCGAAUGCCUCUGCUUUACAUGUACGAGCUUUCUCGUUUGCAAUGAGCGACAGCGUGUCGGUGGACAUUGGAAGCAUAGGCGAUCCAAGCGACAAGCAACGGAGAUUUCGACGGUCCAAGUGGAGGAUGUGGAAUGGGUUGACUCGAUUGCAGAAGAACAUUAUCAUCACUUUUGUAGUUUUGUCCUUAAUGGGAAGCGUGGUGUACGGUAGGAACACUAUGAUGUCUUGGUUGCCCAACUCGACAACUGAACGGUCAACAUCACCUAGUGGAGUGAAAACUUUGUUUGGAGGCAGGAAUGAUGAGUCAGCUUUAGUUCGACUGAGAGAGAAAUAUGAACAGAGAAUUUAUGUCAUGCAGCAAGAGAGCAAAGCAUUGAAAAACAAUGUAAUGCAGCAAGAGAACAAGGAGUUGAAAAACAAGUUGAAUGGUCAGAGUUUACUUGAAAGAGAAACCAAGGAUAAGGAAUUGUUUGAAAUUGCGGGAAAAGAUGUUAGGAACAACAUGUUAGAGAAGCCUGCAGAUAGAAGUCAAACAGAGCGUAAAGGUUAUGUGAGAGGAAUAGUGGGACCAUUAGGAAAAAUAGUGAUGUCGAGUACAGAAAGGAAACCGGCAGAGAAAAAACCCAAAGAGAAAAGUCAUGUCGUUUCUCCUACAAAACGAAAAAUUAGUGAGGAACGUAAACAAGCUGUCGUAAAUGCCUUUCAUCAUGCAUGGAAGGCAUACAAGACAUAUGCAUGGGGAAAGGAUGAACUAAUGCCGAUUUCUAAAUCUUCGAACAAAUGGUUUGGCUUGGGUUUGACUCUAGUGGAUUCUCUAGAUACAAUGUGGAUUAUGAACUUGAAAGAAGAGUUUAAGGAAGCUCGAGAUUGGGUUGAGAAAAGUCUAGACUUAAAUCAACACGUUGAUGUUAAUCUGUUUGAGUGUACUAUUCGAGUGUUAGGUGGUCUUCUUAGUGCAUAUCAUCUCUCACAAGAUCAAAUAUUUAAGACAAAAGCUAUUGACGUAGCUGAUCGUUUACUUGGUGGGUUUAAUUCACCAUCAGGCAUUCCUUACUCUGAUGUGAAUCUUCAGACAAGACAAGGCCGUUCUCCUCGAUGGGGUCCAGAUAGCAGUAUCUCAGAAGUAACGACAAUACAAUUAGAAUUUCGGGAUAUUGCAAAUGUAACCGGAGAUUCUAAAUAUCAAAAACCUCCUGAUCGUGUUCUUGAUAUUAUUCAACAGCAGCCAGAGGUCGGGAAGGAUGGUUUGGUUCCAAUUUUUAUUAAUCCCAAAACAGGUCAUUUCAGAUCAGGAUCCACAAUUACGUUAGGAGCAAGAGGUGAUAGCUACUACGAAUAUCUUCUAAAGCAAUGGGUACAAAGUGGAAAACGAGAAACAAAAUUUCGUAAUUGGUAUGUAAGUAGUAUGGAUGGAGUGCAGCGAAAAUUGAUGCAGCGAUCCAAGCCACAUAACUUACUGUUUGUAGGUGAACUCAAAGGUGGAAGAUUUAGUCCAAAGAUGGACCAUUUGACUUGCUUUUUGGCUGGGACGCUAGCUCUUGGAGCCUAUAACGGACUUAAUGCGUCUCACAUGGACUCUGCAAAGGAGCUCAUGUAUACUUGUGUACAAAUGUACUUGCAAAUGGAGACAGGCCUGAGUCCCGAGAUUGCUUAUUUCAACCAAGCUGAUGGAAAUCAUGGUGACAUCAUUGUGAAACCAGCAGAUGCUCAUAACUUGCUUAGACCAGAAACUGUGGAGUCAUUGUUUGUAUUAUAUCGUCUAACUGGCAAUUCAACUUACCAGGACUGGGGUUGGCAGAUAUUCCAAGCAUUUGAAAAAUAUACUCGCAUUCCAGAGGGUGGAUACUCUUCCAUUAGUAAUGUUCGUUCUCGAGAUAACCCUCGUUUCAGAGACAAAAUGGAGAGUUUCUUUAUUGGAGAGACUCUGAAGUAUCUCUAUCUUCUAUUUGAAGAAGACUUCUCAAUUCUGUCACUGGACAAAUUUGUUUUCAACACUGAGGCUCAUCCUCUUCCUAUAUUGCCAUGACCUGUUGGCAUUGGGUGUCGAUGUUUGUAUUGUAGGACGACAUGUAUGAUUUAGAUUACUAUAGUACUGUUGUAUGUUGUAAAGGCAAAUGUGUGCAGUAUAUGUAUUUGACUGUAACAUUGUAGCUAUAGUACCACUAAAAUUUGAAGUUUAUUUAAUUUGUUCA